ACAGCUACUUUGGAUAACAAAUGUGGCGACUUGCACAUUGACAACAGCUGUUUAUUGUUAAGAAAUUAUGUAAUUAAAGGAGAAAACUCCCUCGAAUUCACUUUUAAUUGGGAAUUCUGGCUCUCCGGGAUUGCGGGCUGCUUCUUUACGGAACACUCACAGAGCAGAUUUUGGUGAUUUCGGCCGCACGUUACGCCCGUGGCGGGGCGUGCCCACGAAGGGGCGGUGCCUGCGCGCUGACGACUAAUCUGGCGGCCGGAAGCUGCCUCGGUGUACGGAGGAACAGGGCAAACCUUCGACUUCCGGCGGCAUUUUGAGGGGGAUCCUCUUAGCGGCCUGGUAGUGUUUUUGUUGUCUUUUCUUACUUUCUGGUCACUGUUCGUUCCUUUUCUUCCUGCGUCCCAGGCUCGCUUGACCCUGGCGAAGGGGCCGGAGGGUUCCGCCUCCCAGCCGUCCUGGGAGCCCCCCGCUAGCCGAGGACCGGUUCCCGGGAGCCGCGCGCGCACCUCCUUCUCUUCGUCGUCGUCGUCUUCCCGGGGCCAGGCGCGGGGACAGAGUCGUCUCCCCCGCUCCUCGGAGCCGUGGCGGCGGUGCCGCCUCCGGACUACGCUUGCGAAGGGAGCUUGGGGAGGAGGACCUCCCUGUAACCUAGACCUGGUACUCAAAUUCAGUGUCAUUUUAGGCCAAGGUCUGACACUCUUGGACUCUGAGAAAAGAGAAGAAUACAUCUUUACUUCAUUGCUGUUCUUCCCUAAGUUGGGAGAUUCAACAGUAGCAGAAGUAAAAUUCCUGGGAUAAUCACUAUUAGUACAAAAUGUCAAAAAUUAGAAGGAAGGUCACAGUGGAAAAUACCAAGACCAUAUCUGAUAGCACAUCCCGAAGACCCAGUGUAUUUGAGAGGCUUGGACCCAGCACUGGCAGUACAGCAGAGACACAGUGCCGUAACUGGCUGAAGACUGGCAACUGCCUCUAUGGAAACACAUGUAGAUUCGUACAUGGCCCUUCACCCCGUGGUAAAGGUUAUAGCAGCAAUUAUAGAAGGUCACCAGAAAGACCUACAGGGGAUCUUAGAGAAAGAAUGAAGAACAAGCGCCAAGAUGUGGACGCUGAGUCCCAGAAACGAAAUACAGAGGACUCAUCCUCACCUGUUAGGAAAGAAUCUUCAAGAGGGAGACAUAGGGAAAAGGAAGACAUAAAAAUCACUAAGGAGAGAACUCCAGAAAGUGAAGAAGAAAAUGUAGAAUGGGAAACUAAUAGAGAUGAUUCUGACAAUGGAGAUAUUAAUUAUGAUUAUGUUCACGAGUUGUCGUUGGAAAUGAAGCGUCAAAAGAUACAGAGGGAAUUAAUGAAGCUGGAACAAGAAAACAUGGAGAAAAGAGAAGAAAUUAUUAUUAAAAAGGAGGUUUCACCAGAAGUGAUUAGAUCAAAGUUAUCUCCAUCACCUUCUCUAAGAAAGUCUAGCAAAUCUCCAAAGCGAAAAUCAAGCCCUAAGUCAUCAUCUUCAACUAGCAAGAAAGACAGGAAGGCAACUGCCAUAUCCUCUCCCUUGUUGGACCAGCAGAGGAAUUCAAAAAGCAACCAAACUAAGAAGAAAGGACCUCGUACUCCUAGCCCACCCCCUCCUAUACAGGAAGAUAUCACUCUGGCUAAAAAAUAUAAAGAAAAAUAUAAAGUAAAAGACAGGAUAGAAGAGAAACCAAGAGAUGGAAAAGACAGAGGGCGAGAUUUUGAAAGACAAAGAGAAAAAAGAGAAAAGCCAAGGUCUACUUCCCCAGCAGGACCGCACCAUUCUCCUAUAUCUUCUAGACAUCACUCAUCUUCCUCACAAUCAGGAUCAUCCAUUCAGAGACAUUCUCCUUCUCCUCGCCGAAAAAGAACUCCUUCACCGUCUUACCAAAGGACAAUAACUCCACCUUUACGCCGCUCUGCUUCUCCCUACCCUUCACAUUCUCUGUCUUCUCCUCAGAGAAAGCAAAGUCCCCCAAGACAUCGCUCUCCAAUGAGAGAGAAAGGGAGGCACGAUCACGAACGGACUUCACAGUCUCAUGAUCGGCGCCAUGAAAGGAGGGAGGAGACUAGAGGCAAAAGGGAUAGAGAAAAGGACACAAGAGAAGAACGAGAGUAUGAACAGGAUCAGAGCUCUUCUAGAGACCACAGAGAUGACAGAGAACCUCGAGAUGGGCGGGAUCGGAGAGACGCUAGAGAUAAUAGAGACCGACGGGAACUGAGAGACUCCAGAGACAUUCGGGACUCCAGGGAGGUGAGAGACUAUAGCAGAGAAAACAAAGAGAGCCGUGAUCCCAGAGAUUCUCGGUCUGCUCGUGAUGCUCAUGACUACAGGGAGCGUGAGAGCCGAGAUGCUCAUCGAAAGGAGGAUGCCUAUCAGGAAGAAUCUCGAAGUUAUGGCAGAAACCAUUUGCGAGAAGAAAGUUCUCGCACUGAAAUGAGGAAUGAUUCCAGAAAUGAGUCUCGAAGUGAAAUUAGGAAUGACCGGAUGGGCCGAAGUAGGGGAAGAGGUCCAGAGUUGCCUGAAAAGGGAAGUCGAGGCACAAGAGGUUCUCAAAUUGAUAGUCACGGUAGUAGUGGCAACUAUCAUGACAGCUGGGAAACUCGAAGUAGCUAUCCUGAAAGAGACAGAUAUCCUGAAAGAGACAACAGAGAUCAAGCAAGAGAUUCUUCUUUUGAGAGAAGACAUGGAGAGAGAGACCGUCGUGACAACAGAGAGAGAGCUCCUAUGUUCUACACCUCCUGCUGCCCCUAUCCUUUGCCACCAGUGUUCUCAGGUCCUGCUGGGGGGACAGAGAAGAUCAGAGAUCAAAGACCAAGCUCACCAAUUCGACAUCAGGGGAGGAAUGACGAGCUUGAGCGUGAUGAAAGAAGAGAGGAACGAAGAGUAGACAGAGUGGAGGACAGGAGAGACGAAAGGGCGAGGGAGAGAGAUCGGGAGCGGGAACGGGAGCGAGAGCGAGAGAGGGAACGCGAGCGGGAGAGAGAGAAGGAGAGAGAGCUGGAGAGAGAGCGCGCCAGGGAGCGGGAGAGAGAGCGGGAGAGAGAGAAAGAGAGAGACCGGGAGAGGGAGAGAGAUCGCGACCACGAUCGAGAGAGGGAAAGAGAGAGGGAGCGAGACAGGGAAAAAGAGCGGGAUCGCGAGCGAGAAGAGAGGGAGCGGGAGCGAGAGCGGGAGCGGGAGCGAGAGCGGGAACGAGAAAGGGCAAGAGAAAGGGAUAAAGAACGCGAGCGCCAGAGGGACUGGGAAGACAAAGACAAGGGACGAGAUGACCGCAGAGAAAAGCGGGAAGAUAUCCGAGAAGACCGGAAUCCAAGAGAUGGACACGAGGAGAGGAAGUCAAAGAAGCGCUAUAGAAAUGAAGGGAGUCCUAGCCCUCGUCAGUCACCUAAGCGCCGGCGGGAACAUUCCCCUGACAGUGACACUUACAACAGUGGAGAUGACAAAAGUGAAAAACACAGACUCUUGAGCCAGGUUGUUCGACCUCACGAAUCUCGUUCUCUUAGUCCAUCACACCUUACAGAAGACAGGCAGGGAAGAUGGAAAGAGGAAGAUCGUAAACCAGAAAGAAAAGAAAGUUCAAGGCGUUAUGAAGAGCUGGAGUUCAAAGAGAAAGUUUCUUCUGUAGAUAAGCAGAGAGACCAGGCAGAAGUCCCAGAGAGCUCAAGAUCUCGUGCACAAGACAUGAUUGGACACCACCUGUCUGAAGACCGAGAUACAUCUGAUCGAGCCCACGAUGAAAACAAGAAAAAAGCAAAAAUUCAAAAGAAACCUAUUAAGAAAAAGAAAGAGGAUGAUAUUGGAAUAGAGAGGGGUAACACAGAGACAGCAUCUGAAGAUGGUCAAGUAUUUUCACCAAAAAAAGGACAAAAGAAGAAAAGUGUUGAAAAAAAGCGUAAGAGAUCCAGAGGGGAUUCUGAUAUUUCUGAUGAAGAAGCAGUCCAGCAGAGUAAGAAGAAAAGAGGCCCACGGACUCCCCCUAUAACAACCAAAGAGGAACUGGUUGAAAUUUCCAAUGAUAAGGAUGGCACUCUAGAGGAUCUUCAGAAAAAGGAAGACACAGCAUUCAGUGACUGGUCUGAUGAGGACGUGCCCGACCGUGCAGAGGUGACAGAACCAGAGCAUGCUGCCACAACUGCUACUCCUGGAAGGACUCCUUCUCCAUCUUCGCUUCCUCCUCCUCCUCCUCCAGCUUCUGCUUUGACUUCUGCUGCUAUUGCUUCCACCAGCUUCGCCUCUGCCACCACCAUUUCCAGCUCUGCCACCCCUACCAACACCACCAAUCCAACCAGUGAAGAUUCACAUAGGAAAUGCCACAGAACACGAGUAGAAAAAGUAGAGGCACCUCAUGUUACUAUAGACGAUGCGCCACAUCGCAAGCCAGUGGAUCAAAAGAGGAGUAGCAGCCUUGGCAGCAAUCGGAGUAAUCGUAGCCAUACAUCCGGCCGCCUGCGCUCCCCAUCCAAUGAUUCUGCACAUCGAAGUGGAGAUGACCAAAGUGGUCGAAAGAGAGUCCUGCAUAGUGGCUCAAGAGACAGAGAAAAAACGAAAAGUCUGGAAAUCACAGGAGAGAGGAAGUCUAGGAUUGACCAGCUAAAGCGUGGAGAACCCAGUCGAAGUACUUCUUCAGAUCGCCAGGAUUCAAGAAGCCAUAGUUCAAGAAGAAGUUCUCCUGAGUCAGAUCGACAGGUCCAUUCAAGGUCAGGGUCGUUUGAUAGCAGAGAUAGGCUUCAGGAGCGUGAACGUUAUGAGCAUGAUAGAGAGCGGGAGAGAGAGAGGAGAGAUGCAAGGCAGAGGGAGUGGGAGCGAGAUUCCGAUAAAGACUGGCCACGGAACAGGGACCGAGACCGACUACGGGAACGCGAGAGAGAACGAGACAAAAGAAGAGACUUGGACAGGGAAAGAGAGAGACUGAUCUCUGACUCCAUGGAAAGGGACAGGGACAGAGACCGAACUUUUGAGAGUUCUCAAAUUGAGUCUGUAAAACGCAGUGAAGCAAAACUGGAGAAUGAACAUGAAAGAGACCUAGAAGGCACUUCCCGAGACUCUGUAACUUUGGACAAGGAGAGAAUGGAUAAAGAUUUAGGAUCUGUGCAGGGAUUUGAAGAUACCAAUAAAGCUGAAAGAACUGAGAGUGUGGAAGUAGGAGAUGAUGAAUCCAAGUUAGAUGAUGUGCAUUCGUUAGGAUCUGGUGCUGGAGAAGGAUAUGAGCCAAUCAGUGAUGAUGAACUAGAUGAAAUUCUGGCAGGUGAUGCUGAAAAGAGGGAGGACCAACAGGAUGAAGAGAAGAUGCCAGAUCCGUUGGAUGUGAUAGAUGUGGAUUGGUCCGGUCUUAUGCCAAAGCAUCCGAAGGAACCGCGAGAGCCUGGGGCUGCACUCCUGAAAUUCACGCCUGGAGCUGUUAUGCUGAGAGUUGGGGUUUCUAAAAAGCUGGCUGGCUCCGAACUCUUCACCAAAGUCAGAGAAACGUGUCAGAGACUUUUGGAAAAACCCAAAGAUGCAGACAGUCUUUUUGAACAUGAAUUGGGAGCUCUCAACAUGGCUGCAUUACUACGAAAAGAGGAAAGAGCGAGUCUUCUUAGUGAUCUUGGCCCAUGCUGUAAAGCAUUAUGCUUCAGACGGGAUUCUGCAAUCCGAAAGCAGCUUGUUAAAAAUGAGAAGGGCACCAUAAAACAAGCUUAUACGAAUGCUCCUGUGGUGGACAAUGAAUUGUUACGAUUGAGCCUUCGAUUAUUUAAGCGGAAGACUACUUGCCAAGCUCCAGGACAGGAAAAGACUGAAGACAAUAAACUCUCACAGCCCGGUAUCCAGCAGGAGCUGUGUGUUUCUUAGGACGGCGUCCAGUGGCAUUUUUGGUACUAUUUUCCUUCAGCCGUGCACAUUUUUUCUCAAAGUUCCUUGCUUUGACAAGCAUUAUUAGUGACAGAGGCAGAAAAGAUUGAUCAGCCAUGCUGACAGAGUGAAGAGCUUUGAUCUAAAGCUUAAAGAGACUAGUUUUGUCUAACUUAAGAUUUUACAGGAAUUUUUACACAGUACUUGAUACUCGGGCAAAAUAAUGUGAAAGCCUCUAGAUUUAGUAGUUUAUUCUGUACCUUCUGUUAAAGCUGAAGAUUUUGAAAACGGUCGUCCCUGCACUUCCAGCCUCUGCAGAUUUUUUAUGAAAUGGAGCCACUGACUUACGUACCGAUCAGCCCUCCAGAACUGCGGUCUCCACCAGCAGCGGCGCAUUCACCCAAUGACCCGCCGCGCCGACUGGACGCGGGAAGGGGCGCUGGGCCCGCUGUUUGCGGGCCGGCCUCCCGCAGGCCCCGGCCCCGGCCCCAGCUCUUUUUUGCUUCUAAAAUUCUAAAAACAAAACAAACAAACAAAAAAAACUACUUAACGGCUCUGUGGGUUUUUAAAAUACAUGUGCAUUCUUAAGUGCAUGUUGGAGAUGUUUGGAUUCUAAAUGGUUUUGUUAUCAGAGAUUCUACUAUUUUUAUUUUUAAUAAAUGUAACUUCCCUUUCCUUGUUCUACAUUUACUUUGCUCUUUUGUUAAUCUAAUUCCUGAUGCUCUGAAACAUUUGUCUUCAACAUCACACAUUUCAUACUGGAAAUAUUUUUACCGCUCAAGUGCUUAUUAUUGGACAGCUGUAAAUAAAUGUGACAGGAGUGAGGAUGUCCUUCAGACAUAGCUCAGUGAUACUUGACACAAACCAAGAGUUAACCUGUGUAACCUGAGCUGUAAAAUCCUACCAUCAUACUUUUCAGAGCGAUAACCUUUGAUUACAUUAACCUGCCUCCAGCCUAGAAUAUGUAAAAUAAUUUACUUUUUAAAAAUGACAGUAUAGCUGCUUUAUUUUGUAUGUACAUAUUUAACUCAUGAAGUGGACUCUUAGAAGGAUUUGAAAUGGACUCCACGCUGCUGGAUUUAUGGACAGACAAUAAUAAUAAUGAAGGAACCCCAUCAAAAUUGUAAUUUGAUGAUUGCCUCUGACAGGUUUUUGUUAAACUGUAAUCUUUUGUUACCUGUCACAGUAGUUUGGUAUCCUCUUUGCUACAGGUGACAUGUUACUGAUUGAAAGUUUAUGUUCAUUUGAAGAAACAUUCAUUGUGCAUUUAAUUUGUACAUAAUACCCAAAGGAAAUUAUCUUAUUUUCAAAUGACUAUGAAAGCAUGUAAAAGAAAAUUGCAAGUAGCAAAAAAAAAAAA